CACAAGUGUAGAUUCGUGAGAACUGCCAUUGUUUAAGGAAGCACAAGUUGUGGACAACUGUGACGAAUCUGACUUCUUUAAAAGUUUUGUAUUGUAUGGUUUUCUCAGACAUAUUUCGUUCACAAAAUUGGGUGUUGCCUUUUUUCAAUCAGUCUGGAAUAUUCGACUUUGGAGACUGCCUACCUGGAAGCCCUUCCUGGAAGAAAUGCGUUGAUCAUGCUUUGAUUUGUUCUCAUGGGGCUGUGAUCAUGGCAGUAUUCUCUAUUAAAUCAGGACUGUCAUAGGGCUCUUUACGAUUCUGAGCAUUUUCCUGUUUUAAUUUAUUCAUUCACAGCUGGACUUGGUCAAUAUUAAAUCAUCAUGCUGGGUUUGCGAUGCUUGCUUGGUCUGCUGUUCCUCACAUGGGUGAUACAGGGGGAUUUCCUGGAGAGUUGCCUUGGCAGACAAUAUGAUCUGAACGUGGUGCUUUUGAAUGACGCGGACGCGGACUGGAGCUUGAGAUAUGUGCAAGAUGCUGUCUACUCGGCAAUCAGGAAGGACAAGGCGUUAAAUGAAGUUGCUGGUCUAACGUACACAAUACGCCCAAAUUUCCGUGGGUUCAACACCACCUUGUACAGGAGACGAGGUUGCCCCAGCAGUAGCUGCGAAGGAGUUGAGAUACUGAAGUCACUACAUGAUGAUAAUUAUGUUGGCUGUGCCAUGCUGGGUCCGUCUUGCACAUACGCCACUUUUCAGCUGGUCGAUCAGCAAGUGGGCUUCACCCUGACCAUUCCCGUCAUCUCGGCGGGCAGCUUCGGCCUGUCAUGUGACAACAAGCCCAACUUGACACGCCUGCUGCCUCCUGCCCGUAAGGUCUCCAACUUCUUCCGGUACUUCUGGAAUUUCACCGGCAACCAUGUCAAGAAGACCGCGUGGGACACAGCCUAUGUGUACAAGCAAGACAACAAUUCAGAGGAGUGCUUCUGGUACAUCAAUGCCCUGGAGGCAUCCUCAUUGGAUUUUGCCAAAGAAAUCAAGAGAAAGAUGCUACGCAGCUUGACUGAGAUACAAGAUAUGCUUGGAAACCCUAACAGACACAGUAACAUAUUCAUUCUUUGUGGAACACCAGAUGACAUUAGAGAUAUCAAAGUUAAAAAAACACUUGACAUUCAUCCCGACAUUGUUUUCAUCCUCAUCGACAUGUACAAUGAAAAUUAUUACCGUAAUGAUACAGUUGAGUGGUACAUGAAGGAUGUACUGGUGUUCUCGCUACCCAACACAAGGAAUCACAGUGGGGUAGACUGGACCACCAACCACAGCAUGAUAAACGACUAUGUGGCAGGUUACCAUGACGGUGUGUUGCUGUUUGGUGAGGUGAUAAGACAACAGUUAAACCAGAGCAAGACUGUAGGAUCUUCAGUUACAACAGAUUUCAACAAUCCUUUCAGGAAUAUUGAAUUUCACGGCCUGGGUGGUCACUAUGUGCUAGACGAAUAUGGAGACAGGGAUGUUAAUUUCUCCCUCAUCUACACCUCCAAUGUUGCUCUGGAGUAUAAAAUCCUAUUUGAGUUUCAAUCGGCCACAAAUACCGUCAUACUGGUGGACAGCAACCCUUCCUUAAGCUGGGCCAGAUCCACACUCCCAGAUGACAAACCAGAAGGAAAUGAUCUUGAGCCUCAAGACGUCAUUGUGAUUGUCCUUGGUGUCAGUGUGGUGAUUGUAACAGGCAUUGCUUUGAUCUUCUACAGACAGAACAGGAAGGAACGUCAGAAGGAGAAGAGAUGGUCCCAUAUACAGCCUGAACUGAUCUCCCAGCUGUAUGAGAAGAAGCCAAGCUUGAUAUCUUUCAGGCUUGAUGAGGAACAGAGAGAUAGUGGGAUUUAUAUCCGUAAAGCUCGCUAUGACAAGAAGCCUGUCAUUCUUAAAGAGCUGAAGAACACCGAUGGGAACUUUAGUGAUGGCCAGAGGAUAGAACUGAAUUCUCUCUUGAGGAUUGACUAUUACAACCUGACCAAAUUCUACGGCACAGUGAAGUUUGAAUAUGGUGUUUUUGGAGUCUUUGAGUUUUGUGAAAGAGGCUCGCUAAGGUGCAUUCUAAACGACAAAAUCUCCUACCCUGAAGAGACUUUCAUGGAUCUGGAGUUUAAAAUUUCAGUCAUUUAUGACAUAGCUAAGGGCAUGUCCUAUCUCCACUCAAGCAAUAUUGCUGUGCAUGGGCGUCUCAAGUCCACCAACUGUGUGCUGGACAACCGCAUGGUGGUGAAGAUCACAGACUUUGGUUGCCACACAAUCCUCAGCCCUAGCAAAGACCUGUGGACAGCUCCAGAGCACCUGCGUGAACAGGGCAUCUCUCAGAAGGGUGAUGUGUACAGCUUUGCCAUCGUAGCCCAUGAGAUUCUCCUGAGGGAGAAACCUUUCUACAUGGAGACCAACUUAGAUGUGGCAGAGAAGCUUAAAAGGGUUCAGUAUCCAAGUGAACCUCUGUACUUCAGGCCUGACCUCAACUUUGAGACAGACAAUGAGAGAGAAGUGGAGCUGAAUGUGUUGAUUAAAAACUGUUGGGAUGAAGAUCCAGAGAAGAGACCUGACUUUAAGAAAAUCGAGGGCUCAGUAGCAAAGAUCUUCAGCAAUGUCCACAACCAUGCCAAUGAGAGCUAUAUGGACACCCUGAUUCGGCGGCUGCAGAUGUAUUCUCGUAACCUGGAGCACCUGGUGGAGGAGAGGACCGCUCUGUACAAGGCCGAGAGGGACAGGGCCGAUCGCCUCAACUUCAUGCUGUUGCCAGGGCCGGUGGUGCGCUCCCUGAAGGAGACGGGUCACGUGGAGCCUGAGCUCUUUGACGAGGUCACCAUUUACUUCAGUGACAUCGUGGGAUUCACCACCCUCUGCCACUACAGCACGCCCAUGGAGGUGGUGGACAUGCUCAACGACAUCUACAAGAACUUCGACAGCAUCCUGGACCAUCAUGAUGUCUACAAGGUGGAGACGAUUGGAGAUGCCUACAUGGUGGCAUCGGGGCUGCCCCGGCGCAAUGGGAACAGACACGCUGUGGACAUCGCCCACAUGGCCCUGGACAUCCUGGCCUUCAUGGGUACCUUCCGGCUGCGCCACCUGCCAAGCCUGCCGCUGUGGAUCCGCAUGGGUGUGCACUCAGGCCCUUGUGCUGCAGGUGUGGUGGGGAAUAAAAUGCCACGGUACUGCUUGUUUGGGGACACAGUUAACACCGCCGCACGCAUGGAGUCCACUGGACUACCUCUCAGAAUCCAUGUCAGUCAGUCCACCAUCAACAUCCUUCAGAGGACGGACUGCAAGUUUGAGUACGAGAAGCGAGGGGAGACAUACCUGAAGGGGAAAGGGAAAGAGAUGACGUACUGGCUGACAGGGGUCACGGGGCAGAAGUACGACCUCCCGACACCGCCAACAGAGGAGAACUUCCAGCGGCUGCAGCAGGACCUGGCGCAGAUGAUCGUGUCCGGCCUGGAGAAGGGUGCCUCGGCCAGACGGGGUAAGACCCUUUCCACCCGGCAGAGAAGACGGGACCGCCGCAGCAGCCAUGGGAGCCAGGGCUUGCCCGAGUACUUCCACCUGGCCGACCCCAGCACCUACCUGUAGGCCCUACGCCAACACUGGACCCCCACCCCCAGCCUCUGCUCCCUCUAUACUAGUUGAUAUUCACUUCACCACCCCCAACGCUGACCUUCACCCCACCCACAGUACUGCACUGUCCGGUGUUGGUUGUCAUGACCAGGGGAGCCAGGGCCUAACUGUGAACUUUUACCUUACAGAACCCAGCAACGACUUGUAGGCCCAACGCCACCAGAGCAUCUUACUGGCAGGGGCGUCACUAGACCUUAUUCACUGGGUCACGUGCCUUAGUAAAAGUCUCCAGUGCCCCAGUAAAAUUCUAGUGCGGCUUUAGCUGGAAACGGCAUUCAUGAGCGCAUCUCCGUGCCUACUUUAAUCAUGGCUUGAGCCUGUCACUU